AUGCUUAUCGAGGGUUGUUUCUUUCCCAUUUCUAAAAAACCUAAUCCCUCCAAGGAGUCCAACAUGGAAGAGUUUAAAGAGCCAAGUCCACCUGAAGAAUUACUUGAUCACUUAAAGCUUUCUGAUCAGAAGUCUGCAGACACUGUCCCCAAAGAUGCACAGAAUCCCAAAAACAUUGAAAGUGGAUAUGCACCAUCUUCAGCCACAGAUCCCACAACAGCAGAUGAGUGUUUCCAUGACUGUCAUGACUCCUUUGAGGCAAAAGAACCUGUGUUGGAUGACGAAGGGAACUUAGAGAAUGAUGAGAAUAGCUCAAGGAAGCAAACAGAGCUAGAUGAAGAAUACUUACUAGAACUAGAAAAAGAUAUGCCAGAGGAAGAAAAACAGAAAAGAAGAAAGGAGAGCACAACACUGAAGGAGAAAGGAAAUGAGCAGUUCAAGAAAGGAGACUAUGGAGAGGCAGAAGACUCUUACACAAAGGCUCUGCAGAUUUGUCCAGCCUGCUUCCAAAAAGAUAGGGCUGUUUUGUUUUCAAACAGAGCUGCUGCAAAAAUGAAACAGGACAAGACAGAAGCUGCCCUAAGUGACUGCAGCAAAGCAGUGGAAUUAGAUCCUAACUAUAUUAGAGCUUUGCUGAGGAGAGCAGAACUAUAUGAAAAAACAGAAAAACUAGAUGAAGCUCUGGAAGAUUAUAAGGCAGUCCUAGAAAAAGACCCAUCAGUUCAUCAAGCCAGAGAAGCUUGCAUGCAUUUUUCCCCCUCACUGCUAAUGAAAAUGAUGCAUCAAGAGAAUCUGAAAAUUAGCUUCAUUCACU